GUUAAGCAUACGAGUGGCGCGGUAGCGGGUGAUGCCUUUUGUUUUUGCUGCCGGAGAUCGUAGACCCCGAAAUACCGUUUGCAAUUCAGGAUCCAUUCAAUGAAAACCAUCUCUAUGGAAUUACAGCAUCACUUCGCCUGUUUACUUAUUGUUUUGGUUUUAUCAUUUCAAACAUCCGCUGUGCCUGUCAACGACGAUGCCGAGGCUGAGUCACGGGAUCAGCCAUUUAAUGAAGAUGAAGCAUUGCCAGGAUUCAAUCUUGAGUUGCCUCCUGAAAUGUACGGACAAGGCCAUAGAGAGUCCGACAGCUGUAGAAGUGGCUCGCAUCAGUACAGUUCGGCAAAGGAAGAUGACGAAAAUGAUUAUCCUUACAUGGGAUAUGAAGACAGAGAAGAUACACCUCAAGACCUGAAAUCGAAAGAAGACUUGCGAGCCCUGGCGGAUGAUAAGCUCCUACUUUUCGGUGGAAACCCCACUUUUACAGAGGCUGGCGAGAGAAUUGUGGAAGGCGAUAUCGUAGUUCCUAAAUAUGCGGAUGAUUAUAAGGAAUUAUCGCACAGAAAAGGGACCAUCAAUCUGUUAGCGCUAUGGUCCAGAGCUACAGUAUAUUACACAUUGCAUUAUUCUCUGAAUCCUCUGGGAAGACGUAUGAUAAGAGAAGCCAUGGAGCAUUGGGAGAACAUGACUUGCAUCAGAUUUGUCGAAAGAACGACUCAGCUGUGGUAUGUUCGCUUUCGAGGAGACAGAAACGGGUGCUGGUCGUCAAUGGGAAGAAAUUUAUUACCUCUAAUUGGACAAGAUCUCUCAAUCGGAAAUAGAUGUGAAAAGCGUUACGUUGUCGUUCAUGAAGUCGGGCAUGCUUUAGGCUUGAAUCACGAGCAGUCACGCUUGGACCGGGAUCGCCACGUUCGAGUACUCUGGAGGAACAUUGCGCUCGGUGGUCGCCCUCAAUUCUGGAGAGGUUUAGACAACGCUCAUGGAGUGGACUAUGAUUUAACAUCCAUCAUGCACUAUCACCCGCAAGCAUUCAGCAGCAGAAUGUUUGAAAAAAAUACAGUAGUAAGUCGCAAUCCACAUCAUCAAAGGCUCGUCGGAAUGCGAAGGAACGAUUUAAGCUUCAGAGAUGCAAAACUUAUCAAUGCAAUGUACAGAUGCGAUGCUAAAUGCCCUAAUCGUGGGCAAGUGUGCGAAAAUGGAGGUUAUCUUGGUCCAUACAGGGAAGGAGAGGAAAGUCCAUGCCCGUGUAUUUGCCCGCCACAUACAGCAGGAGAUCGAUGUCAAGAUAUAGUUAAAGACUAUUAUGACGAACCUCCCUGCGGUGGAAAUAUAACGGACGAAACCAUUAUAGAAACGCCCGGUUUUCCCGAAAGAAAUGAACCAGAAAUGAGCUGCAGUUGGAUAAUUACCGCACCAAGGAGAAAAGAAGUAGAAGUAGAAUUCGAGGAAUUCUGUUUUCGUGAGCGGUUACAACAGCAAUCAAGCUCUUUCUAUGGAAGGUGUGUCUCAGAAAGAGUAGAAAUAAGGAACACAGAUUAUUAUAAUGGAAAUUUUUAUUGUGGAACAGAUAUAGAACCUGGUACUAAAAUGAGAUCAAAAGGUGGAACUUUCAUCAUUAUUAUUACCGCUGAUGAUGAAAUGGAAGGGAAAGGACUUCGGGCAAAGAUAACAUUUGUUUAAAAACACAAGGACUUCAACAAAAUUCAUGUGCAUACUUAUAGAUCAUAUUUAUUAAGUGAUUUAUUUAUCAUCAUAUUAUGGCACUUCUUCAUAACCAAAUCAAACAAUGCAUAAAAUAUGAAAAUCAAUCAAUGUUUCUACAUAAUAUUGGUCCAUAGAAUGAAUACUAUUAAAUUAAUGAUUUUUUUUUUACAUAUUUAUUUCCCAAUGCAUUGGUAACUACAUUUAAUAACAUAAAUUAUGCAUUUUAAAUGCAUUUAAAACUAUGUAAAUGAGCAAAAUAUUUCAUUAAAUAUUACCCAAACUGUAAAUUAAAUUAUCAUUCAUUACAAUAUUUUUAUUCCAUUGGAGCUUAAUUGCCGUUUAUUCCAUAAGCAAGCUAUAAAUAACUUCUUAUAUGGUCAUUUUCUAUCACUGUAUGCUCAAAUGAUUAAUUUCCCCUGUUUAAAAAAAAUAAUCAUCAUUUCAGAUAUUGCAAAGUGUUUAAAUAUGUCUCCAUUAUUAUCAUAAGAAGUUUAUUUAAAUAUUUAUAACCAUAAUACAUCCUUUACAAAUUAUAUA